UUACACAGCAAUAAUUUCUCUCUUAUUCUUAGUUUCUAGGGAAGAUGAAGUUAACAAUGGCUACCUUGGUAUGGUUAGUUUCUUCUACUCUGUUGCUAUUGAUUUUGGGUUCAACAUCAUUACCCAAGGCAUAUGCAAUGCCACCGCCGUCACCGGUAAACUGUGAUGCCACUGGAUGCAAGCUUCACAACUCUUAUGGUGUAUGGAAUGACAGAAAAGAGUGUUGGGUGCAAAAUGUAAUCUACCCAACAACAGAGGAAGAACUUCGAUUUGCUGUUGCUGAAGCGAAUCGGAGGAAACUAAAAGUAAAGAUCAUAACUGGGUUCUCUCAUACAAUUCCCAAACUGGCAUGCCCAGGAAAUGAGUUGUCAAAAAAUUCUGUUCUUAUUAGUACUGCUAAGUACAAUUCAGGGAUUAAGGUUGAUGUUAAGAGUCUUACCGUUACAGCAGAUUCGGGAGUAGGUCUGCGCGAUUUGAUUAAUAAGGUUGAAGAAGCUGGAUUGAGUUUAGUGGCUUCUCCAUAUUGGGAAGGUGUAAGUAUUGGAGGACUAAUUAGUACCGGGGCUCAUGGGAGUUCAUGGUGGGGAAAAGGUGGUGCAGUUCAUGAUCAUGUUGUUGGCCUAAGUCUGGUAGUUCCUGCAAAAGAAACCGAAGGAUAUGCAAAAGUUAUCCACCUUGAUUCUCGAAAUCAAAUUUUUAAUGCAGCAAAAGUGUCUCUAGGAUUGUUAGGCGCCAUCUCAAAGGUAAAGCUUUCGCUGGAGCCCGGGUGCAAAAGAAGCAUUACAAAUGUAUACAACAAUGAUAGCCAUUUUGAGGAUGAAUUCAUGGACCUUGCUAAGAAACAUGAGUUUGCAGAUAUUAUCUGGAAUCCGUCAAAACAUGCAGUCAUCUACAGACAAGAUGAUAGAGUUCCCUUAAACAGCUCCGGGGACGGAAUCAAUGACUAUCUUGGGUUCCAGUCUAAUUUAAUCCUCAUUUCCAAAACCGUGAGGUCUUCAGAGAAAGCACUGGAGACGUCACGGAGUGUCAAUGGCAAGUGUCUAAUGGCAAAUACUGUUGUAGGAUACAAGAAGUUGGUAGCCAAUGGUUUGAAAAACAACAACUUGCUGUUCACUGGAUACCCAGUUGUGGGUCGUCAGGGUAAGAUGCAAACAUCUGGUUCAUGUUUAUAUUCGUCCGCCUCAAAUACUCUAAGCACAUGUGCUUGGGAUCCAAGAAUCAAAGGACUAUUUUUCUACGAAACAACUGCUAUCUUUCCUGCUUCAAAGUUUAGAAAUUUCAUCCAAGAUGUGAAGAAACUAAGAGAUCUGAAACCAGAACACUUCUGUGGUGUUGACAUAUACAACGGGUUUCUAAUACGUUUCAUCAAGGCUUCUGACGCAUAUCUCGGCCAACCAGAGGAUUCUGUUGUUGUCGAUUUCAACUAUUAUAGAGCUAAUGAGGCUUCAACACCAAGGCUGAAUCAAGAUAUAUGGGAGGAGGUUGAGCAAAUUGCAUUCUUCAAGCAUGGAGCAAAGCCACAUUGGGCCAAGAAUAGGAAUCUCGCGUUCUUGGGUGUGCAACAGAAGUAUCCCAACUUCUGUAAAUUUCUUGCAGCAAAGAAACAACUGGAUCCUGAAAAUAUGUUCUCUAGUUAUUGGUCAGAUAAGAUAAUUUUUGGAAAUGAAACAGAAAAGGCCGAGGGUUGUGCAAUGGAAGGAAUGUGCAUAUGUUCAGAAGAUAAGCAUUGCAAUCCAAGCAAAGGAUAUUUUUGCAAACCAGGCAUUGUAUAUAAUCAAGCUAAAGUAUGUAGGUUUUCAGCUUCUUUAUUGGCCUAAAACAGUCAGUUAUGAAGUAGUUGUGAUUUUAAGUUUGUACUUCCAAUAAAAUGCACUGGCAGUCUGGCAGUGUCCUCAUGUUUUGCUGGAAGAGUGUAAAUUGUCGACAACAGUUUGUUUUUAGUAUUCGAUUUGGUUUAUUCUGAACUGCAAGACCCCAUGGCUUGAAAAGUACUCAUGUGACAACCCCCAGCAACACAUACAACCAUUACCCACCACUUUCAGUUGCAAUGAAGUUUUGCUUACUAUAAACAGAUCAAGCCAAGUUGUAUCCAUAGCCACCAUAUUCUUAAUUAAAAUCCAGCACAUUAUGUGGAGAAUCU